AAAGAGCUGAACAUGAACAAUAAUAAUCUGCAGGAUUCAGGAGUGAAGCUACUUUGCCAAGGACUGGAAAAACUGAAGUGUCGUUUGGAGAUACUGAGACUUUCAGACUGCAGUAUCACUGAAGAAGGUUAUAAAGCUCUGGCUUCAGCUCUGAGAUCAAACCCUUCACACCUGAUAGAGCUGGAUCUCACAGGAAAUGAUCCUGGACAAUCAGGAGUGAAGGAGCUCAGUGAUUUACUACAGGAUCCAAACUGUCAACUCAAGACACUGAGACUUUCAGACUGCAGUAUCACUGAAGAAGGUUAUAAAGCUCUGGCUUCAGCUCUGAGAUCAAACCCUUCACACCUGAUAGAGCUGGAUCUCACAGGAAAUGAUCCUGGACAAUCAGGAGUGAAGGAGCUCAAUGAUUUACUACAGGAUCCAAACUGUCAACUCAAGACACUGAGGUUUUUGGGUCCUGCUGCAGAUGAAGCCUGUCAGUAUGCGACUGGAAUUGUGGGUAAAAACCCGUUACUCCUGAGAGAGCUGAAUCUGAGUAAACAUGAACUAGGAGACACACGAGUGAAUCAGAUCGCUGCUCUACUGCAGGAUAAACACUGUCAACUCAACACACUGAUGUGAGUAUCUUACAUCAUUUCACAUGACUAGUAAUGUUACAGUAGUAU